UUCAAAAAAGCGGAAUCGGAAAAAAAAUCUCAAAAUGGAGGAAAGUUCAGGACUAUCAUCGAUGAAGUUCUUCUCCGAUCAACACCUCUCUUACGCUGACAUUCUUCUUCCUCACGAAGCUCGUGCUAGAAUCGAAGUUUCUGUUCUCAAUCUCCUCCGAAUUUUGAACUCCCCAGAUCCAGCUAUCUCCGAUCUCUCUCUGAUCAAUAGGAAGAGAAGCAAUAGUUGUAUAAACAAAGGGAUACUCACAGAUGUUUCAUAUAUAUUCCUCUCUACUUCGUUUACUAAGAGUUCAUUGACGAAUGCUAAAACAGCUAAAGCUUUUGUUCGUGUGUGGAAAGUUAUGGAAAUAUGCUUUCAGAUUCUGCUUCAAGAGAAACGAGUCACACAAAGAGAGCUCUUCUAUAAGUUGCUUUGUGAUUCACCUGAUUACUUUUCAUCUCAGAUUGAAGUUAACAGAAGUGUCCAAGAUGUGGUAGCACUUCUACGUUGUAGUAGAUACAGUCUUGGUAUUAUGGCUUCAAGCAGAGGCCUUGUUGCUGGAAGGUUAUUUCUACAAGAACCAGGUAAGGAAGCUGUAGAUUGUUCGGCCUGUGGUUCUUCAGGUUUUGCUAUAACUGGAGACUUGAAUUUGCUAGACAAUACCAUCAUGAGAACUGAUGCUCGUUAUAUCAUUAUUGUGGAAAAGCAUGCGAUCUUUCAUCGGCUCGUGGAAGAUCGUGUGUUCAAUCACAUUCCUUGCGUGUUCAUCACAGCGAAAGGGUAUCCGGAUAUUGCCACAAGGUUUUUCCUCCACCGGAUGAGCACAACUUUUCCUGAUCUGCCAAUUCUUGUUCUAGUUGAUUGGAAUCCAGCUGGGUUAGCUAUACUAUGCACCUUCAAGUUUGGAAGCAUAGGGAUGGGACUUGAAGCAUACAGAUACGCUUGCAAUGUGAAGUGGAUUGGUCUCCGAGGAGAUGAUCUGAAUCUGAUACCAGAAGAGUCUUUGGUUCCCUUAAAGCCAAAAGAUUCACAGAUUGCUAAGAGCUUAUUGUCCUCCAAAAUAUUGCAGGAAAACUACAUAGAGGAGUUGUCACUGAUGGUUCAAACUGGUAAAAGAGCGGAAAUUGAAGCUCUCUAUUGUCAUGGUUAUAAUUAUCUCGGUAAAUAUAUAGCUACCAAGAUCGUGCAAGGCAAAUACAUAUAACACUUAAAACACCAACAUGUAAGGUCUUCCACCAAUAAAGAUGCGUUUGCUUUAUAUUGGUUCCAAAUAUAAGAGAGUAACUUAUUAGGGUGAAGUUUUAUGCAAACUCUAAUAGAAUGUAAAAAUAGAUUACAAUCAAAUCAAAAUUUUCCAAACUGAAGUAUGAUCUUUGUUUACAUAUGGCAUUGUGAUGAUUUAGUAACAAAACUUGUCCUAAUCUCCACUUUCCUAUGCAGGUAUAAUGAUAAUUCCAACCAAAAAUUCUCGCUCACUUCUUGCUUGAUACAAGACUAAUCUUCUUUCCCUCCACAACAAACUUGCCACUUCGCUCCAGCUGCAACAAGGACGUUAGAACAAUAUCAGUAAGAAUGACAAACUUUGGAACUUUGUGUAGAAUAUGAGAAUCCCACUUUAAAAUGAUUAUGUUUACUAACUUCACUAUCACACUUCUUUAAUCUCAAAUAUAAUGAAUUUCAUACGC